CUAAUCCCAAGGAAGCACUGUGUCGGGCUUAUGGAGGUUUAAUUAUCGGUAAAGGAAGCACUUAACUGUAUAACUUUGACAAAGAAGCACUUCACCAAGGAUGAAGAGGAAUGAAUCGGUCAAACAGAAUGAUUUGGGUCAGCGUUGAUUUCUCUCGCCGAUUCUGGGCCUAAAGAUGUGCUGUCAAAGGCCAACGACUUCCUUAGAUCAUGUGAUUAAUCAUGAUAUCGUCUUCCCGAAAGAAUAAGACAUCGCUCGGUGUUGCUUGCUUGCUUUUGAAGUCCACACCGUCGAGCCUACGUAAGUUUUCCCAUCGCCACCUCUUACGUCCGAAUGCGCUCCUCCACGAUGGCCAAACGCCUCCGUCUCCGCUUGUCCCGUGUGCUACCCUCCGGCUUCCGCUUCAAGGGCAACGGCGCCGCUUCCUCGCUCGUGAGCUCCGACAUCGACUUCCCUGCGCCCCCGCCUCCCCUCCCCCGGCGCCUCCACCCUCCACUCGUCUCUGCCUCCUGCUGCCUCCCCUCCCGCCGCCGCUCGCUGCCCGAAGCCGUCCCCCCGCUGACGAUGGAUUCGCCUGCUUACCUGUGGCGGAAGGAGGAGAAGUGGUGGCACGUCGUGGCCUGCGCCGCCGACGACGAAGGCCACUCUCCCUCCACUCCUCGCCAGAAGAUUGACUCCGAUGAUGGGAUCUUCCCCCCGCUGCCCACGCGGCGGCGGGGAGCGGAGCUCCGCUGGGGGAGCCAGCGGAAAGUGGCGUCGAGGAGGAGGACCUCGCUGCGGCGACUUCCGCGGGGCGGAAGCAACUCCUCGGCCGACACCGACAGCGGAUGGUUCAGCAGCGAGGAGGAAACAGGGACGCUGAUGUCGACGACGGACGUGGAGUCCUCGGACAACGUGAUACGGCGGCGACGGAGGAGAAAGAGCUUCGGGUGCGGCGGGGGGAGGAGGAGCUGGCCGUCGCCGGAGGGCUGGCCAGCGGUGGGGAGGCUGAUCCCCUGCACCGCGCCGGCGGUGAGGGAGAGCUUCGCGGUAGUAAAGCUGUCGGAGAAUCCGAAGGAGGACUUUCGGCGCUCGAUGGCGGAGAUGGUAGUGGAGAAGGAGAUCUUCGACGCGCGAGGGCUGGAGCAGCUGCUUCGCUGCUUUCUGUCCCUGAACUCCCGUCACCACCAUGCCGCCAUCGUCGCCGCUUUUAAUGACAUCUGGGACGCCCUCUUCCCGCCGCCGGCUGAUGCCGCCGGCGCCGCCCGCCGCUGCUCAACCCCGCAGUCAACGUUAUGGUAAAGGAGGAAGUUUGAGGUAUCAGAAUAAUAUGCGUGUGUUGUUGGUGUGGUUGUGGGCUUGUCACAGUGCUGCCAGUGUGGGGAUGCAUGCGGAGGAAGACAACAGUAUUGGAUUCCGUAAAUGAGUUGCGAAUGAGUACAUUUCUUGUUGCA